AUGUAUACUCUCAUGUGUAACAGAAUCAAUCAAGGAAAUUUGCACAAACACUUUCCAACUUGGUAUCAGUCGCCAGGACCCUCUUUAUGGCCGCGGACGACACCUCCUCCUCCUCCGCCGCCACGAGCUCGGUCACGUCGCCGGGCACCUCCUCGGCGCCAGCCGCCGGCACCUCCCCGGCUACGGCCCCUCCCUUCGUCUUCGGCACAUCUGAUGUCGUGGUUGGAUGUCACAGCUAGAGGCACACUUGGGUACAUCGACCUUGAGUACCUUCACACAGGUCAUCUGAAGCCGGCGAGCGACGUGUACAGCCUCAGCGUGGUUAAGCUUGAGGUUCUGACAGGGAAAAAGGCGUUUUCCCAAGAAAAGGAGGAGAUGAAUAGAGAUCUGGCAUCCUUUGCACUCCCCAUCAUUGAGGCCGAUAAUAUUGAGGAGAUGCUAGAUAGGCGACCUGUACCGGAGCCAACGCCAUGGCACCUGCACGCACUGAAGCGUGUGGCGCAGAUUGCACGAUGCUGCGUGAAGUUUGCCGGGAAGGACCGGCCCGCCAUAUCAGGCAUCGUUGCCAACCUCGAGACGGCAUGCGAGUUGAUCUGCAGAGAUGAGCCAGAUUCAGUUGACAAGUCUGGUUUGUGGCCCUUCCUUGAAAAAGUUGACGACUCACCAGACUCUCCACAUGCCAGGAGCAUGCCUCUGUUCUGA